UCAUCAGCAGCAGCCAGUGGUUUUUCUGGUUGAUCUGCUGCUCUGACUUCACUGUAGUGUAAAGGGUGCUGUGAAUCGUAUCAAGAGGGGAGGGGGGGGCUGAAUUGCCCAAAAAAAUCUCCCAAUUGAGGUGCACAUCCGGAGUCUCGUCGCACCCUCUACCUUUUUUUUUAAAAAGAGGUCUAUUUUUUAUCCUUAGUUUUUUUUUUUUUUUUUACUGUUGUUAUUACUGUUAAUUUAUUCCUUUUUUUCGUUUCCUCGCUCGUUUAUGGUUUACACUCCGGGAGGGCAGAAAUGGCGGCCAACAUGUACCGGGUCGGAGAUUAUGUAUUCUUUGAGAACUCCUCCAGUAACCCGUAUCUGAUCCGCCGAAUAGAAGAACUCAACAAGACGGCCAGUGGGAAUGUGGAAGCCAAGGUGGUAUGUUUCUACAGAAGGAGAGACAUCUCCCACAGCCUCAUCCAGCUUGCAGACAAACAUGCAAAGGAGUUGGAAGAGGAGAAGGAGAACCCAACAGAGACAGAUCUAUCAGAAAAACACAAACACCAGCUUCGUCACAGAGAGCUCUUCCUCUCCCGGCAGUAUGAGAGUCUACCUGCAACACACAUCAGGGGGAAGUGCAGUGUCGCAUUACUGAAUGAGACUGAAGCCGUUCUUUCAUACCUUGACAAAGAGGAUACCUUCUUCUAUUCGCUGGUGUAUGACCCGACGCAGAAGACCCUGCUGGCGGACAAAGGAGAGAUCCGAGUGGGACCUCGCUUUCAGGCAGACGUACCUGAAAUGCUACAAGAGGGUGAGGCAGAUGACAGGGACCAGUCGAAGCUCGAAGAAAAGCUCUGGGAUCCGGAGUGUCCGCUCACCAACAAACAGAUAGACCAAUUCCUAGUGGUGGCACGAGCGGUUGGGACCUUUGCUAGAGCGUUGGACUGCAGCAGCUCAGUCAGACAACCAAGUUUACACAUGAGUGCAGCUGCAGCCUCGCGAGAUAUCACAUUGUUCCAUGCGAUGGACACACUGCAUAGCCAUAAUUACGACCUGUCCAGUGCGCUGAGUGUGCUGGUCCCGGCGGGCGGCCCCGUGCUCUGCAGGGAUGAGAUGGAGGAGUGGAGCGCCUCGGAAGCCGCCAUGUUUGAAGAGGCACUAGAGAAAUACGGAAAAGACUUCAACGACAUUCGACAAGACUUUCUGCCAUGGAAGUCUCUGACCAGUAUCAUAGAGUACUACUACAUGUGGAAGACCACAGAUAGAUAUGUUCAACAGAAGAGACUGAAGGCAGCAGAGGCAGAGAGCAAACUGAAGCAGGUUUAUAUCCCCACGUAUAACAAACCCAACCCCAACCAGAUCUCAGUGACCAAUGGCAAGAUGGCGACAGUGAAUGGAGCGGGCCCCGGGGCCUACAAUGCAACAGGCGGGGGCCGAGCCUGCGAGAGCUGCUAUUCCAUGCAGUCGGCCCAGUGGUACUCGUGGGGGCCUCCCAACAUGCAGUGUCGUCUUUGCGUAGCCUGCUGGAUGUACUGGAAGAAGUACGGCGGCCUGAAGAUGCCGAGCAGAGCAGAAGCCCCGGAGGAGAGGACCUCACCGAUUCCACCAAGCAAUGAGUCUCGCUCACGAGGUCACGCUCCCCGCCAGUCCAACCACAUGGUGCCGAUGCGGAACAGCGGCAGCCCCAAGUCCAACAUGAAGUCCAAGCAGGCCUUCCUGCUGCAGGCCACCCGCCUCACCAAGCUGGCCCGGCACAUGUGCCGUGACAUCAUCAGGCUGCGCCGUGCCGCACGCCGGCCCUUUGUCCCCAUUAACUGUGGGGCCAUAAAGGCAGAGUACAUGUUAAGGGUGUCAGAAGGGCAGGGGACCCGCCUGCCCAAAACCAGGGCCGCCCAAAGGAGCACUCUGACCAGUGUCGUGCAGUUUCUAGAGUCCCGUCCUGCAGCCCACGCCCCUCGCUCCCACCGCACCACGGGCCUGCAGACGCCCCCCCCUCGACGCCUGCUCUCCUCUCUACCGCACGGUCCCCAUGGCAUGCUGGGAAAACGCAGCUACCACCACCACAGCAGGGCUGAGCCUGACAGGCGCUCAGGUAGACACACAAGCACAUACACAAAUAAAUCAACCACACAAAAUAACCCAGGUACGACAGGUGGCCCCCCCCUGGUACGUCACAACGGCCGCACCAGCAGCAGUGGCAACACCCGAGGAGGGCUGAUGAUCCGCAAGAGGCGCCCCAACUGGAUCGAUGCCCCCGAUGACAGCUUCUUCCUCGUCACCCGGGAGACCAGGAGGGCCAGGCGGCUGCUGUCCCGCUCUCAGCUGAGGCACGCCUGUCGGCAGCCCUGCGAGCUGAUCACCCUGCGCAGGGCUUCCCAGGGUCCCCCGCAGGGGCUCGUCCUGGCGCCACCACACCCUCACCCCAGCCUGAGAAUGCGAGGCCCCAUCGUCAUCCACGACUGAGCGGACCAGCUACACGCCGACAAACUCUCGCCUGAUAUUCGUCUCAUUUAAACAAUCCUCCUUUGCUUAUAGUCCUUUCUAAUCCUCGACAACACCGGACGCUGGUGAGCCGUGACGCAACGGAGAUGUGCACCUGACCUGACUGCAAGUGCUGCCUGUCUGUUAAUCCCCCUGGAAACGUGUGAAGGUGUGUGUGUUGGAAUGAGGGGGAUGCUUUUCUUAAUUUUUAUGGAUUGGAUGUAACGACAGAGCUUCGUGUGAACUUUGUGUUGAUGGUGAAUUGUCGUGAAAUUAUCAGUUUGUACAAAGCUCUUUUGGGGCAGGG